AUGCGCCCCCUCACAGAAAAGGAGACUCAGGUCCUCUUCGAGAAGCUUGCCACCUACACUGGAAACUCUCUCAAGAACCUCAUCGCGCCCCUCGACGACUCUCCCAAUGCCGACCGAUACGUCUUCAGACUGGUAAAGGACCGAGUUUACUACGUCCGCCUCUCCAUCGCGAACAUUGCGACCUCCAUUGCCCGCGAGAAGCUUCUAUCCCUCGGUACCUGUCUUGGCAAGUUCACCAAGUCUGGCAAGUUCCGAAUGCACAUCACCGCGCUGCCCAUCAUUUCCGAGCAUGCGCGCUACAAGAUCUGGGUCAAGGAGAACGGAACGAUGCCCUUCCUGUACGGCGGCAACACCGUCAAGGCGCACGUCGGUCGCUGGUCCGAGGACUGCCCCGAACACCAGGGUGUCGUCGUCUACAGCAUGAACGAUACCCCCCUGGGAUUCGGUGUCACCGCGCGCAGCACCGCUGAGGCCAGGAGGCUGGAUCCCACCGGAGUUGUCUGCUUCCGGCAGGCGGACUGCGGAGAGUUCCUCCGUGACGAGGACAACUUGUUUGCGACUGGUUAG